AGUGUCACGCGGAUUUGCUCACGCACGCGGGAUUGGACCGCAUGCGUAAAAUUUCACGCUGCGGAUCAUACGCAGCAUGAGUUUCAGUUUUCUACGGGCUGCGUAACGGUAUAGACGUGUUCAAAAAUGAUCAAUGUCAGAAGAAUAUGUGUCGCUUACAUACUUUACAAACGACGAAACAAGAAGACAAGAGUACAUGUUGAUCCCUUUCUUGAAAAUAGGCUUCUUGCUGGGGCGUUUGUUACACGCUUUGGAAAACUACAAAAUAAUGAACGUAAAUUUAAAAAUUACUUUCGAAUGUCCAUUCGUUCUUUUGAUGAACUGUUGUGUAAAAUUGAGAAUAAGCUACAAAAAAGCAGUUUACGAAGGAUUACAAUACAACCGAUUGAGAGGCUCGCUAUUACAUUAAGAUAUUUGGCAACUGCUUAAUGGGAUCAAAUGGAAAGAAAUCGCAGAGGGAUUUCUCACAUAUACAAAUUUUCCUAAUUGCUUGGGUGCAAUUGAUGGAAAACAUAUAAGAGUGAUUCGGCCGCCGCACAGUGGAUCACUAUAUUUUAAUUAUAAGAAAUAUUAUUCUGUAGUGCUCCUCGCAAUGUGUGAUGCUGAUUAUAAUUUUACAUAUAUUAAUGUCGGUACCAGUGGAAGCAACGCCGAUUCAACCAUCUUUAGAAGGAGUCAAUUGUAUACGAAACUGGAAAGUAACACGUUGGGUAUCCCUGACCCGCAAGAGUUGCCUAUUAUUUGCCCCGAAGUAGCUUAUCCAUCUAGUGUAAGAGCAAAGUUGCCGUUCGUGAUAGUGGGAGACGAGGCAUUUGGUUUAUCAUCACAUGUGAUGCGGCCUUAUGCUCGUGAUGAUUUACCUUACAAAAAGAAAAUAUUUAAUUACCGUCUGUCCAGAGCUAGAAGGUACAUAGAAUGCACUUUUGGAAUUAUGUCAAAUAAAUUUA